UUACUCUUCUCACAGGAACCUCACAGUUUUCAAAUUCUUACCCCAUCCCGCUCACACUUUCAUCUUCUCAUCUUUCUCUCAGAUCACACUCCAUUCUCUCUCAGAGCACAGAUUCAGGUUUCGUUGACUGGUUCCAUAUAAUGUAGCGGACUGCUCGUCUCUCAGUCCUGCAAAUAUGAAGAGACAGAAUCUGGCUACCGCAAAUGUUGAAGGCUUUCCUGGCCGAAUAACACGUGCUCGAUCUGCUUCAUUAGAUGCAUCCAGACAGUUUCCCCCAUUAAAAGCAUGCACACAGCCCCCGCAGCAGAGUGGGAAGCCGGUUUUGCGGCAGAAUCCAAAGAGAGCUUCUGUGGACGAGAACAACAAGGAUGAGGGUGGUAAUGCAUGCAUCCAGCAUAAAAGGAGGAGGACAAUUCUUCUGGAUGUAACCAAUACUUUCUGUAAACCAUCAUAUGGGGACUGCUUCAAUGCAACUAAAGUUCAGGCUAAGAAAAGAAAGCCAGCUAAAAGAUGUCAGGAAAGAGUCACAAAGAGUACCCCUUCCAUUGCUGUAGAUUUGAAUUCAGUGGUUGUGCCUGAUACAGUGAAAGAACAUACAGCAGACAGAUUGAUGCAUUCCACGGAUUUGGAAGAUGGCGACAAACUUUUGCAUACAGCUACCUUAAGCAGGGAUGAUAUUGUUAACCAUCAGUUGGAACAUCAGAGUUCUGAAGUGGGUUUAAAAGUCCAAAGUCACUCUAAUAAAGCAGAUACUGGUAACCAUUUGAUGAACAAGAUUACAUCAAGUUACCCAGAUAUAGUUGACAUUGAUGCUGGUUACAGGGAUCCUCAGUUGUGUAGCCUCUAUGCCCCUGAUAUCUAUAACAACUUACGAGUUGCCGAGCUUUCCCGAAGGCCAGUUCCUACUUUUAUGGAAACAACACAACACGAUAUCACCACAAGUAUGCGGGGUAUAUUAAUAGACUGGCUAGUAGAGGUGUCGGAGGAAUAUAAGUUGGUGCCAGAUACCCUUUACCUGACAGUAUAUAUCAUUGAUUGGUUUCUCUCCAAGAACUACAUAGAAAGACACAGACUUCAACUGCUUGGCAUCACUUGCAUGCUGAUUGCCUCGAAAUAUGAAGAAAUUUGUGCACCGCGUUUGGAUGAAUUUUGUUUGAUGACAGACAACACUUACACGAAAGAGGAUGUAUUGCAAAUGGAGAAUCAAGUCUUGAAGUACUUGGGCUUUCAGCUAUUUGCACCAACAGCAAAAAGUUUUCUCAGGAGAUUUCUUUUAGCAGCACAAGCUUCUUAUAAGAGCCCUAGCCUUGAGCUGGAGUACUUGGCUAAUUAUCUUGCUGAACUAGCAUUGGUUGACUAUGGCCUUUUGAAGUUCCUACCUUCUAUGAUUGCUGCAUCAGCUGUAUUUCUUUCCAAAUGGACUGUAGACCAGUCUAGUCACCCAUGGAAUCCAAUCCUAGAACACUAUACCUCUUACAAGCCAUCAGAUUUGAAGAUUUCAGUUCUUGCUUUGCAAGAUUUGCAAUUGAACACAAGUGGCUGUCCUCUGAGUGCUGUACGGAUGAAGUACAAGCAACCAAAGUUUAAAUCCGUUGCGGCUUUAUCAUCCCCAAAGCUUCUGAAACACUAUUUUGAAGACGAGUUUCAAGGGACAACUAACGGCUACUGAGAUUAAUGUACUUUCCGGAAGUUGUAUGUCAAUGACUCCAUGAUGUUGUACCUGAUAUCUCCUUUCCAUUUAUAUUCAUUUUUUUCACUCAGUUUUGUUGAAUUCUUGUUUAUAGAGUUUCCGACCUGGGUUUGUGCUUCAUCCAAUCUGUCUCAACUAGGGAUGUAUGGCCACUAGGUAAUGAACUUGGAUAUAUAAUUUGUUAAUAAGUUUAGCACGUAAUUGAGAUGUGACCACGGUUUAAUUGAGUUGUAAAGUGUUCAUGGCCAUAAUUACCUAGUGUAAGUUGUGCCGCCUAGCCUUUAAUCUAGCUUAACCAAAUCUUAUUUGUA